AUUUACCUCCAAGUAGAAAGUUGAAUGUGCAUAUGAAAGCAACACAAGCAUUAUAAACAAAGUAAUAUGGCAGAAACAAAAUAAUACCAUAAAUGUGAAAAAUUCGCAGACGUAACUGCACUUUUUGUCCAUCCACUAUGUGCCUCCCAAACGCCAGGUGACGCUGUGCUCCUUUUGUCCAUUGAACCGCUUUCCUUUUCCGGCCGGCCUGUGACGUCACAUGAAAACAAAGCUAGCCGCUCAACAACAAUGGACGCCGCGAUGAACGAGGAAACCGCGCAGUACGUGUCGUGCGUGUUGUACGCGCUAAUGAUGCUCCACAUCCGCUCCACCAUGGCGCUGGUGACCAUGGUGACCUUCCACAGCAGACAGCAGCAGAGAAUGAUCGUGGAGUGCGCCAUGAACAUGACUUCCGCCUCCAAGCAAACUUUAGCCAGCGUCCUCAGCAAGUCGUCGCGGAACUGCUGGAUGCGCGUCAGGAGCAGAGACUGGUGGGAGAGAGUCGUGUUGAAGGAAUUCACCGACGCACAAUGGACGGACACUUUUAGGAUGUCGCGAAGCUCCUUCCACAAGCUCUGCGGGUUAAUGGAAGGAGUUCUGAGUCCGGAGGGCAAGACCGUCCGCGCGCCGAUACCACUGCCGAUGCGCGUCGCUAUCGUCCUCUACAAGCUGGCCGGCUGCGCCAGAUACAAACUGGUCGCCAAGCAGUUUGGAGUCCACAAGUGCACCGUCAUGAAGUUUGUCUACUCCUUCUGCAAGGGCAUGACCUCCUCCGUCAUACACGGCCUCAUUACCGUGCCCACGGCGGAGGAGGCGAUACGUAUCGCACAUCGUUUCGAGCGGAAGUUCAACAUUCCUCAGAUCCUGGGCUGCAUCGAUGGCACGCACGUCCCGGUUUUACCUCCGAGCGACAGCUUCAAAGACUUUACCAACCGCAAAGGAUGGCCUUCUUAUGUGCUUCAAGCCGUGGUGGACGAUACGUAUCGGUUUUGGAACAUCAACUGCAAGAUGCCGGGAGGCGCACAUGACGCAAAGGUCCUCAAACAAUCAGCGUUAUUUGCACUGGCACAUCAGUUACCAAAGGAACCUCGAGAGAUCAGCAGAACUCCCGUCAACCUUUUCCUCCUGGGUGAUCCUGCCUACCCUCUUUUGGACUGGCUCAUCAAGGGCUACGUCCGUUCCCCAGAUAUGACUCCGGAACAGGAGUCCUUUAACGCGUACCUAAGUUCUGCCAGGACAACCGUGGAGAUCGCUUUCGGCAGACUCAAAUCCCGCUGGAAAGUCUUGCUCCAAAGAAGCGACUUUCACUACACGUUCACGCCCCACGUGGUGGCCACCUGUUGCGCCUUGCACAAUUUUUGCGAAAGCGAAAACGAAACCAUCAACCCGGCUUGGAUAGACGAAGCGGCAGUUUUGGAACACGAGCUGCCCCAGCCUGGGAUGCCUUCGUACCACGCAGCCGACUGUGCAGACGGUCAGACUGUGCGUCUGGCUUUGACGGAAUACUUGAAAUCCAACUUUCCUCUGCGAAGGCACGAAUGACCUUGUCUCAGUUCACGCUGGCGAGGAAUAAAGACUUGAAUGUUCCACGUCUGGAGAUUCUCAGUCAUCCGGGUCAGGGGGAUCAUACCAGUUCACCCAAAAGUUCUCUGCGAAGGCACGAAUGACCAUGUCUUAGUUCACACUCGCGAGGAAUAAAGACAUGUUGGAUAUGUCUGGAGAUCAUCCGGGUCAUUGGAAUCGUACCAGUUCACCCAAAAGUUUUACAUUUCAGAUGUGGAGUUUCCCCAUUGAGCCUCGUGGAAGGUGUGGUCGCAAUAGGUUGUAUUCACCUGACGUCACGUUCGGCUCAUUAAAUAUGCGAGGCUUGAAGUGAGGGCAGCACGGUGGAAGAGGGGUUAGUGCAUCUGCCUCACAAUACGAAGGUCCUGAGUAGUCCUGAGUUCAAUCCCGUGCUCGCACUGCUCGGGAUCUUUCUGUGUGGAGUUUGCAUGUUCUCCCACCUCCAAAAACAUGCACCUGGGGAGAGGCCCCUCCCACCUCCAAAGACAUGCACCUGGGGAGAGGCCCCUCCCACCUCCAAAGACAUGCACCUGGGGAUAGGUUGAUUGGCAACACUAAAUGGUCCCUAGUGUGUGAAUGUUGUCUGUCUAUCUGUGUGGGCCCUGUGAUGAGGUGGCGACUUGUCCAGGGUGUAUCCCGCCUUCCGCCCGAAUGCAGCUGAGAUAGGCUCCAGCGACCCCAAAAAGGGACAAGCGGUAGCUAAUGGAGGGACGGAAGGCUUGAAGUGGUGGGCCAGCGAGAGAUCUGGGCGGCAUUUUGCCUUUCUCCAAGAAAAAUGCGGUAGGCUGGCACGGUCUCAUUCAUCCGGGUCAUUGUAACCUCAGGGCAUUCAGUCGCUCGCAACUGGACUGUUUGGUUUCAUUGGUCUAUGAGCAUGAACUGAUGAAGCCUACUGAGGUAUUGGCACCAGCCGCUGGACUAGACCUGACCAAUCUAAGUCUAAGACUAGACCUGACCAAUCUAAGUCUAAAACUAGAUCUGAUUAAUCUAAGUCUAUGAGCAUAAACUGAUGAAGUCUACUGAGGUAUUGGCACCAGCCGCAAAACUAGGUCUGACCAAUCGUAGUCUAUGAGAAUAAACUGAUGAAGCCUACUGAGGUAUUGCACCAGCCGCAAGACGACCUGACCAAUCUAAGUCUCAGACUAGACCUGACCAAUCUAAGUCUAUGAGCAUGAGAUGAUGAACCCCACUGAGGUAUUGGCACCAGCCGCUAGACUAGAUGUGACCAAUCUAAGUGUCAGACUAGAUGUGACCAAUCUAAGUGUCAGACUAGAUGUGACCAAUCUAAGUUUAAGACUAGAUGUGACCAAUCUAAGUGUCAGACUAGAUGUGACCAAUCUAAGUUUAAGACUAGAUGUGACCAAUCUAAUUCUAAGACUAGAUGUGACCAAUCUAAUUCUAAGACUAGAUGUGACCAAUCUAAGUCUCAGACUAGAUGUGACCAAUCUAAUUCUAAGACUAGAUGUGACCAAUCUAAGUUUAAGACUAGAUGUGACCAAUCUAAAUUUAAGACUAGAUGUGACCAAUCUAAGUCUCAGACUAGAUGUGACCAAUCUAAUUCUAAGACUAGAUGUGACCAAUCUAAAUUUAAGACUAGAUGUGACCAAUCUAAGUCUCAGACUAGAUGUGACCAAUCUAAUUCUAAGACUAGAUGUGACCAAUCUAAAUUUAAGACUAGAUAUGACCAAUCUAAGUCUCAGACUAGAUGUGACCAAUCUAAUUCUAAGACUAGAUGUUUACCAAUCUAAGUUUAAGACUAGAUGUUUACCAAUCUAAGUUUAAGACUAGAUGUGACCAAUCUAAGUCUCAGACUAGAUGUGACCAAUCUAAUUCUAAGACUAGAUGUGACCAAUCUAAGUUUAAGACUAGAUGUGACCAAUCUAAAUUUAAGACUUGAUGUGACCAAGCUAAGUCUCAGACUAGAUGUGACCAAUCUAAUUCUAAGACUAGAUGUGACCAAUCUAAGUCUAAGACUAGAUGUGACCAAUCUAAGUUUAAGACUAGAUGUGACCAAUCUAAGUCUCAGACUAGAUGUGACCAAUCUAAUUCUAAGACUGGAUGUGACCAAUCUAAGUUUAAGACUAGAUGUGACCAAUCUAAGUCUCAGACUAGAUGUGACCAAUCUAAUUCUAAGACUGGAUGUGACCAAUCUAAUUCUAAGACUAGAUGUGACCAAUCUAAGUUUAAGACUAGAUGUGACCAAUCUAAGUUUAAGACUAGAUGUGACCAAUCUAAGCCUAAGACUAGAUGUGACCAAUCUAAUUCUAAGACUGGAUGUGACCAAUCUAAGUUUAAGACUAGAUGUGACCAAUCUAAGUCUCAGACUAGAUGUGACCAAUCUAAUUCUAAGACUGGAUGUGACCAAUCUAAGUUUAAGACUAGAUGUGACCAAUCUAAUUCUAAGACUAGAUGUGACCAAUCUAAGUUUAAGACUAGAUGUGACCAAUCUAAAUUUAAGACUUGAUGUGACCAAGCUAAGUCUCAGACUAGAUGUGACCAAUCUAAUUCUAAGACUAGAUGUGACCAAUCUAAGUCUAAGACUAGAUGUGACCAAUCUAAGUUUAAGACUAGAUGUGACCAAUCUAAGUCUCAGACUAGAUGUGACCAAUCUAAUUCUAAGACUGGAUGUGACCAAUCUAAGUUUAAGACUAGAUGUGACCAAUCUAAGUCUCAGACUAGAUGUGACCAAUCUAAUUCUAAGACUGGAUGUGACCAAUCUAAUUCUAAGACUAGAUGUGACCAAUCUAAGUUUAAGACUAGAUGUGACCAAUCUAAGUUUAAGACUAGAUGUGACCAAUCUAAGCCUAAGACUAGAUGUGACCAAUCUAAUUCUAAGACUGGAUGUGACCAAUCUAAGUUUAAGACUAGAUGUGACCAAUCUAAGUCUCAGACUAGAUGUGACCAAUCUAAUUCUAAGACUGGAUGUGACCAAUCUAAGUUUAAGACUAGAUGUGACCAAUCUAAGUCUCAGACUAGAUGUGACCAAUCUAAUUCUAAGACUGGAUGUGACCAAUCUAAUUCUAAGACUAGAUGUGACCAAUCUAAGUUUAAGACUAGAUGUGACCAAUCUAAGUUUAAGACUAGAUGUGACCAAUCUAAGUUUAAGACUAGAUGUGACCAAUCUAAGUCUCAGACUAGAUGUGACCAAUCUAAUUCUAAGACUGGAUGUGACCAAUCUAAGUUUAAGACUAGAUGUGACCAAUCUAAGUCUCAGACUAGAUGUGACCAAUCUAAUUCUAAGACUGGAAGUGACCAAUCUAAUUCUAAGACUAGAUGUGACCAAUCUAAGUUUAAGACUAGAUGUGACCAAUCUAAGUUUAAGACUAGAUGUGACCAAUCUAAGUUUAAGACUAGAUGUGACCAAUCUAAGUCUCAGACUAGAUGUGACCAAUCUAAGUUUAAGACUAGAUGUGACCAAUCUAAGUUUAAGACUAGAUUUGACCAAUCUAAAUUUAAGACUAGAUGUGACCAAUCUAAGUCUAUGAUCAUAA